CGAGGGAAGACAAAUUUCUACCAGGCACCAUGACCAUGUAGCAAUAGACUGAUUUUGCGAUUUUCGUCGCUACCUUAACUUCCCCACCGCCCUGACAAUUUAGGCGUGAUCCCACGACGCGACACGGCCAUCCCACCUCCGCCCCGCCCCCACCAUGGCCGACUCUACCUACAGCGCCGAAGAGGCGCGCCCCGUCUUCUACAUUGGAGAGCAUGAGACAAAGCGACCGCUGCCUGUUACGGCAGAGCUUGUGCACCAUGCACAGGACCUCGGUUAUGACAUGCUUACGACUCCGAUUACGAAUGACAACUUCCAUUCGCGCGUGUUGAGCCUGUUGCGCUCAUACACUCAUGCCACCGAGGGCUCGGCCCAGGCGCAACCGCUACCGUUGAUACCCGCGCUGGAAGACGUUGAUACCCCGUUGGUGCCAGACCAUCUUAUAUCGCAGCUGGUCGCAUUCACAAGCUCUUGGAUAGACCUUGGCUCAUCCGACCCUGUCAUUGCGCACCUUUCACGACAGGUAUUCCACUUGGAAAUUCAAUAUGCUGCAUUCUGCGGAGUCGUCAACGUCGUGGUGCCUGGGCCACGGGCGGCGAACGGGACCGAUGGCAUAGCCCAGUAUGCGCGAGCGAUUAAGGAGGCUCUCUCCACAGGAGCCUACGUCCAGCUGCAUGUCAUGAUGCCUGUGGAUUUCUCCAAGGCUUCUGAAGAGGGUGAUCUGGGUGAUCUGGCACGCUUUGUCCGGCCAGAAUUUGCUCAGUCGCCUGGUCAGCAGGCACCAACUCUUUUCGCCGCCUGGGACGCGUGGAACACGAUUCGAACCAUCUGUAAAUAUGACAGCAGGCUAUCAGUCGCACUUGACGUCCCAAAACGACUUCCAUCGCUCUCACUGCAGUCAAGAUGGUACUCUGAGCCAGUUCGUAUGCUGAUUCUCUCAGCCAAGUCCUUCAUACCAAACGAGAAGGGCAGCUGGGUACUUCAUAAAACGCUGCAGUUGUUCAUCAUGCGCUGCAUGCGUCUCAAGACGACUCCAUGGGUUCUUCUUGCGGAUAUUGGUCCGAUCCCAGGCGUAGAAGAUCCAGAUGCUGUGUUCGAGUAUAACGGAGGGUAUCUUUCUCCUUCCGCAGCUGCCGAUGCUCCUAGUCCCGGCUUGUCUGUGACUGCGGCACCAACUCCAGCCGAGGCGGCACAAAUACCACAGAGACCUGCAAAGAAGAGCAGCAGUGACCCUACGCCGUAUCUGAGCUACUUACGGUACAUGCAGCGCAACCAACCUACUGCUACUCAGAUCGAGCGCUUUGGUGACAAUUUUCAAGACUACCUCCAGAGCCCUCUCCAGCCGCUUUCGGACAACCUUGAAUCGAUCACAUAUGAGGUCUUCGAGAAAGAUCCCAUCAAGUACGCGUGGUACGAGGAAGCCAUUGCUAGGGCACUGGAGGACUGGCGUGGUCAAGAAAAAUCGACCAGCUCCGAGGAUGGUGCGGUUGUAAUAGCUGUCGUAGGAUCCGGUCGUGGUCCGCUGGUCACCCGAGCCUUGAGCGCGAGCGCACGCACUGGGGUCCCGGUCCGUGUCUACGCGAUCGAGAAGAACCCCAACGCUUAUGUUGUACUUCUGGGUCACAACAAGAACCUCUGGGGCGGCCAGGUCACUGUCGUGAAGACCGAUAUGCGCGCAUGGAAAGGCCCGGUGAAGGCCGAUGGCACCGCCGGCAAUGUUGACAUCUUAGUGAGUGAGCUACUCGGCAGCUUUGCGGAUAACGAGCUUUCACCCGAGUGCCUCGACGGUGUGCAACACGUGCUCAACCCUAAACACGGCAUAUCGAUCCCGUCUAGCUACACAGCGCACAUGACGCCCAUUGCUACGCCUAAGCUCUACGCGGACGUGCUCUCGCGCUCCCACGGCGACUCAAGCGUUUUCGGGAUCCCAUGGGUCGUCAUGUUUUCCCAAUUCGAUUUUCUGUCCAUCCAGCCGAAUCAGUCUCAAAUCGCUGCCCAGCUCUCAGACGGCAGGAAGAUGCGGGACUUUGAUUUGAACCCGCCGCUCGAACCGCUCAUUCACACCGCAUGGGAGUUCACACACCCACAGCCUCCCACGGUUCUUGCCCAGUCAUCCCUACGCCGCGGAGGCUCAGCCGUCGGCGGCGGAGGCGGCUUCCUUGGCGGUGACGGCGCGAACGAGCACAACUACCGACACUGCAAGGUCACGUACCCGAUCCAAGAGCAGGGUGUGUGCCACGGACUCGCUGGGUACUUCGAGACGGUGCUGUACAGCGGGUCACAGGGCCCAGUCGAGCUGAGCACAAACCCGGUCACCAUGGAGGCGAAGAGCAAGGAUAUGAUCUCGUGGUUCCCCAUCUUCUUUCCAUUAAGGACCCCGGUCCAUCUCCCAUCAAACUCGGAGCUCGAAGUCAGCAUGUGGAGGCAGACGGACGACCGCAAGGUGUGGUACGAGUGGCUUGUGGAGGCGUUUGCGACGGUCGGUGGUCAGCGGAUUCGCUUGGGAGUUUCGGACCUGCACUCCAGUAAGAGCCAUGGGUGCUUGAUGUAGACGUGGCGUACUGCUCGUGCACUUCCUCUACUGGCAUCUGCAGAGAGACUGUGGUCCUGCCAUAGCAUAACGAUACCAUUGAUUCGUGUC